GGUUAUUGUUCUGGUGAGACAAAGUGCACGGUGAGGUGCAAGCGAACUGCGAGAACGUGUGAAAACCAGAGAAGCUUUUCCUGUCUCACGUCCUGUCGAACGCUCAUCUGCUGCAGUCAGCUUGCGCCCCUUAGAGCACACGUGCGCGGGGAGACAACGAUGGACCAGGAGGGGAUGCCGGUCCGGUGUAUUUACUACGGGAGGAUCGGAAGCGAGGCCACGGAGAGGCUGCUGGAGAGAUUCGGACACGACGGCAGCUUCCUGCUGAGGGACAGCGAGACGGUGCAGGGGGCCUACUGUCUGUGUGUGAGGAAAGCGCCGUUUGUGCACACCUACAGGCUUGUACGCUCUGCCAACGGCUGGUGUCUUCAGGAUCCACGAGUCCGCCCGCAGAGUUUUGGGACUCUGGAAACCCUGAUAGAGAAUUACAGAAGGGGUGAUGUCGCCGUGGCUCCCCUCACAGAACCACUGGACAAAACACAGCUACAACACAGCAGCUUUGAACAAGAGUGUUUCUACAUGGAAAUGUGAAUCAGCAGCAGCUGUGUCUAUUGACGGCAUUUCUUUAGCGUGGCUAGACCAACGCCAUUAAUCAGGGGGACUAACAAGAUGGAGGAAACCGGCAUUUUGUGGAACAGCAAGGGCCUGUGUGUUCUGUCCGUCAUAUCUUCUCAAAUUUAUUUGAUUUCUUCCUGUGUCUCUUUAGUAUCAGUUUUAAAAAGCUACUGUAGUGAAUGCAAACUGUGUACAUUUUACUCAAAUUUAAAAAGUGUGUGGGAGCAUAGUCUUUUUGUAAAAUAAUAGAUUAGAUACAAUUUCUGAUGCUGUUGUAUUAAUAUGUUUGUGUCAUGUAAGAAAGACAUCAUGUGUCACCAUGUUGUCUUUCUGCUUGGGGAAGUCACGUUUGAGUACAGUGAUCUAUUUGAUCCGUGCGGUUUGUCGGCACAUGUUUUAUUUUAUCUUAUCCGACGCCACAUGUGGCAGAACAGAGGAACCUGUGCAGAACGAUACAGGAAAUGUAGCAAUGCAGGAAAGGCACGUCUUAAAAUCUCAUCAUGCCUCUACCAUCCUUUCAUUCAUUGUUGCAAUGCAGUCUUCUUCUUUGGCGAUAUCCAACCUCUCCAGGUCUGACAAUACUGGUCACUCUCUGUUAAUGCAAAAAAAAUA